CGUUAUAGGUUAGGUUAGGUUAGGUUUGUGUUUUAUUAUCGCGGAAGAUCUCAAAAUGUACAAAGCGAUAUGCAGGACAUUAAUACGAGAAGGCGUCGGUACGUUGGAAUCCUCGAAAUGCGUCUCGACAACGCAACGUCUCGUGACGGUGAUGAAAACGGACGAGAAGUCGGGAAAAGUAGCGAAUUUGAAGAAGUAUUGGUUCAGCAGGUAUAUGGAUUACAUCAAGAAUUACGAGCACACGCUGGAACAGAAAUUUCCGCGCACGAUCCAGGUUUAUCGCGUGUUCAGCGUCGGCAGCAAGGACGUAUACAAGGACCUGAAGCGGUUUGUCAGCGCGAUCAAGAAGCAGAACCAGAACGGUACUGACAGCCUGACGCGAGAAGAGCUGCAACUGAUGCACACAAUGCCGCAGGACCUACGAAAGCUGUCGCCGUUGUUCCUGCUGUCGGCCAUACCCUUCACGAAUUACAUUAUUUUUCCUCUCGCCAUCUAUUUUCCACGUUACCUGCUCUCGUCCCAUUACUGGACGCUGCAGCAGAAGCUGGAGUUCAUGUUGUUAGAUCACAAGAAGAGACUUAAACACAACAGGUCGUUGUUCAGAUGCAUGCAGGCAGAGCUCAAGAGCAUCAAGAACCAAGCGCUAAAAAUAAAGUGGCGAGAUGCUAUAGCUUGUCUGGGAAGUGGCACACACCCAACUACCAAGAAUAUUAUAGCCUGUUCCGAAUUAUUUUCAGGCCCACCGUAUUCUCUGAACAGUCUCAAAAGGAAACACCUAAAAGAAUUAUUAGCGAUACAUGGUAUGUCUUUGUGGAGGCCUUUUAAAAGAAAAAGACUGAUGGAAAGAGGUAUGUUGAUAUUGCGUAUGGAUCGGGCUAUCGUACGAGAAGGAGGUGUGAAGGCGAUGCCUAACGAAGCAAUGCGAUGGGCGUUAUCCUUUAGAGGCGUAAACCCAACAAAUAUGUCUGUAGAAAGUAUGAGAACUUGGCUUGAGCAAUGGUUGGUAGUGUCAGCGUCCGUUGACAAAGAUAAUAUAUCUUUAUUAUUACAUAGUCCAAUUUUAUUAGCUUAUAAUCAUUCGACAAAUUGGAUUCUUAUAUAUAAAUAAGAAAACGAGGAGUUUGCUUGUGGCAUUUUUGCAAAAUAUUUGAUAUCACUUAUGUAUAUUAAAAGUUCUGACCAAAAGAGUUUCUAUAUCUUAUAUUAGCUCUUAAAAAAUAAUUCUAAAAAAAUUAGUAUGCUUUCAUGAGUGCAGAUAACCAAUAUUUUUAUUCUGUAUGUGUGUACCAGUGAUUUACAUUUUCUACACACAGUACGGUUCUGUGUAACUUCUAAAUAAUAAUAAAAAAAAAGCAGAUGAAACAAAUUGCUUCCUGUACACAGUUAAAUAUUUAUUGCCUUGUAUGUUAGAAAAAGUAAUUUAGAAAAAUUUGUAAUUAAUUUAAAGAAAUUGUGAAAUCGUCGUUUAAUUGUACAAAAAACUAACUACCAAAUGUGAUGAUGGUUGUACCAAAGAAACAAGGAUGUAUAUUGCGUACGAGUGUUUCUCUUUAUUAAUAUAUUUAUAACAUACAUAUAUAUACAUAAUUUAUAAUACUUUAUAUUU